CAUAUUACCGCCACUCGCCACCGUCCACCGUCAAGUCACUGCCGGAAUACUACCUUUUAAGGAUUUUGUUCAAUGGGAAAGGAUCAACUUGCAUUUGUCAAAGAUGCUGUUUUCAAACUGCAAAUGUCCCUUCUUGAGGGCAUCCAAAAUGAAGACCAGCUGUUUGCAGCUGGAUCUGUGAUAUCAAAGAGUGAUUAUGAAGAUGUUGUGACUGAACGAUCCAUCACAAAUGUGUGUGGUUAUCCACUCUGCCACAAUUCUUUGCCAUCUGAUCGGACCCGGAAGGGUAGAUAUCGGAUUUCACUAAAGGAGCACAAGGUCUAUGACCUGCAUGAGACAUACAUGUUUUGUUCAUCGAGUUGUGUUGUUAACAGCAAAACUUUCGCUGGGAGCUUGCAAGAUGAGAGAUGCUCAGUUUUAGACUCAGAGAAACUAAACAAUGUUCUUAGACAUUUUGCGGAUAUGAAUCUAGAACCAUUGGAGAAGUUGGAAAAGAGUGGUGAUUUGGGUUUGUCUAACUUGAAAAUUCAGGAGAAAGAAGAAACCGGCACUGGAGAGGUGUCUUUGAAGGAGUGGGCUGGACCUUCAAAUGCAAUUGAAGGUUAUGUACCAAAACCAAGAGACAGUGAUUCCAAGGGUUCUUCUCGGAAAAAUAUUAAGAAAGGGGCCAAAGGUGCUCGUGGCAAGUUGAACGGUGACAAAAAUUUAAUUAUUAAUGACAUGGACUUCACGAGUACUAUAAUUAUGACCGAUGAGUAUAGUGUUUCGAAAGCACCACCAGGUCAAACAGACACCAAAGUUGAUCAUCAAAUUAAACCAACUGCAUCAGUUGAGAAGCUGAAAACGGUUGGCAGUAAAGAGGUAGUUGCAAAAGAUGGUAAGAGUAUUGAAGAACUGUCUUCCUCUUUUAAGAGUGGUCUAAAUUUAAGUGCCUCAGAAAAAGAGGAGGAGCCAAGAAUCAAGGAAGUAGCUGAAUCUUGUGAUGCUGUGCUCAAAACCCCUCUUGACCCUUUUGAUAAAAAAACAAAUGUUAAUUUCGUCUCCAUAUCUGAAAGACAAUGUGAUGUUGAAAAGAACAAUUCUGAAGUGGCACCAAUAAAAGAUGGGGAAUGUAGAGUUGCUGUUAAUGAUGGUGCUUCCACUUCCAAUGUAGAUGCAGCCAAUGAUGAUGAUAAAGUCCAAAUGGAAAAAACAACCGGAUCAUCCAAGAAUAAACCCAAGUCUUCUCUUAAAGCUGCUGGUGGAAAGAAACUUAGUCGCUCUGUUACUUGGGCGGAUGAGAAAAGCAACAGUUCCGGGAGUAAAGAUCUUUGUGAGGUUAAAGAAUUUGGAGACGCCAAACAUAAAUCUGACUUGGUAGAUGAUACAGAAGUUGAUGAUGAUGAAGAUAUGAUUCGUCGCACAUCUGCUGAAGCUUGUGCAAUGGCAUUGAACCAAGCAUCGGAAGCAGUUGCAUCUGGAGGAUCCGAUGUUGCUGAUGCUGUUUUGGAAGCUGGGCUCAUUAUUUUGCCACCCCCACAAGACGGUGUUGAGAAAGAGAUUAAGGAGAAUGAUGAUAUGGAAGAAACUGAAUCGUUUACUGUGAAAUGGCCACAAAAGCCUGGAUUUCCCGAUGUUGAUUUGUUUGACAAUGAAGACUCAUGGUUUGAUGCUCCACCUGAAGGUUUCAGUUUGACAUUAUCACCUUUUGCAACCAUGUGGAAUGCACUCUUUACAUGGAUAUCAUCUUCUUCUUUGGCAUAUAUAUACGGGAGUGAUGAAAGUUCUCAUGAGGAAUAUCUAUCAGUUAAUGGGAGAGAAUAUCCAUGCAAAAUCGUAUUGUCAGAUGGUAGAUCAUCUGAAAUAAAGCAAACUUUAGCCAGUUGUCUUUCUCGAGCUUUACCUGCAGUUGUUGCCGAGCUCAGGUUACCAGUACCAAUAUCAACCUUGGAGCAAGGGGUGGCAUGCUUGCUGGAUACAAUGUCAUUUGUGGAUCCUCUUCCGGCUUUCAGAACAAGGCAAUGGCAAGUGGUUGCUCUUCUGUUCAUCGAUUCAUUGUCCGUUUGUAGAAUCCCUUCUCUGACCUCAUACCUGACAGAUAGGAGGCCCUUGUUUCGCAAGGUUUUGCAUGGUACCGAACUGGAUGUGGAAGAGUAUGAGGUGCUGAAGGAUCUCAUGGUACCACUUGGCCGCGCGCCUCAAUUUUCUUCCCAAAGUGGAGCCUGAUCACAUGAUGCAACUUCAACUUGAAUUGAUCAUCUUCAACAACUGAAUUCUGAAGAACUUACAAUGAUUUGAGUGCAAUCUUUUUAUUGUUUCUUUUUCUAGGAAAAAAAUUGCAUUUCAAGCAUUGCAGUGAUUGGAAAAUUCUGUUUAUACUUGAAACCAAGAUACUUAUAUGUUGGCACUUGUAAGAAACCCAAGCAAGAUUGGAACCAGAUUUUAGUAUGACUCAAUUCUAUUGAGAGUGAUGAAUGAAAGAUUGAUUUUCAA